AUGGCUUUACCGCUACCAGCAACAACUGCAGAGAAAAUCAGGGGGACGUGGAAGCACGCGGCGUUCCAUGUGGCGACUACCAUCGCCACUCCAGCUGCCUACGCUCCGCUUCCCUUUGCUCUUUCUUCUCUUGGAUGGCCUCUUGGUGUUAGUAGCUUGGUGGGUGGAACACUGGCCACAUGGUAUUCUAGCCUUUUGAUCGCAUCUCUAUGGAAAUGGAAUGGGCAGAAACAUAUUACAUACCGGCUUCUUGGACAGAGCAUUUUUGGAUUCUGGGGUUAUUGGUCUAUUGCAUUUUUUCAGCAGGUGGCUUCUCUGGGCAAUAACAUUGCCAUCCAAAUUGCUGCUGGCAGCAGCCUUAAGGCAGUUUACAAGUACUAUCACCCAGAUGGUGCCUUAACCUUGCAGCAUUUCAUUAUUUUUUUCGGGGCCUUUGAACUUUUUCUUUCACAGUUUCCUGAUAUCCACUCACUGAGAUGGGUCAAUGCAGUGUGCACUUUCAGUACAAUUGGCUUUGCUGGUACAACUAUUGGGGUGACAAUUUAUAACGGCAAAAAGAUUGACAGGAAUUCAGUUAGCUACAGCUUACAAGGAAGCUCCUCUUCUAAGGCAUUUAAAGCCUUCAACGCUCUUGGCACAAUAGCCUUUUCCUUUGGAGAUGCAAUGCUUCCAGAAAUACAGAAUACUGUGCGGGAACCUGCAAAGAAGAACAUGUAUAGAGGCGUAUCAGCAGCAUAUGUCCUCAUAGUCUUGUCGUAUUGGCAAUUGGCCUUCUGGGGCUACUGGGCAUUUGGAUCACAAGUUCAGCCUUACAUUCUGUCUUCACUCACUAUCCCACAGUGGGCAAUAGUCAUGGCAAAUAUUUUUGCUGUGAUUCAGAUAUCAGGGUGCUUCCAGAUAUAUUGCAGACCAACAUUCAUCCACUUCGAAGAAAAACUCCUAUCCCAGAAAACCGCUAGCCGCAUCCCCUUCAGAAACUACCUCAUCCGUCUUCUUCUCACCUCAGUCUACAUGGUUGUCAUCACUCUCAUUGCUGCAGCCAUGCCAUUUUUCGGGGACUUUGUGUCCAUCUGUGGGGCGGUUGGGUUCACACCUCUGGACUUCGUCUUCCCCGCUUUAGCCUAUCUGAAAGCGGGAAGAAUGCCCAAAAACACGAGACUUCGCCGCUCAGUGCAGCUCAUUAACCUCACCAUAGCCACAUGGUUCUCAGUUGUUGCAGUAGUGGGCUGCAUUGGUGCCAUCAGGUUCAUUGUGAUAGAUGUUAGGACUUACAAAUUCUUUCAUGACAUGUAAGGCUUAGGAAUGUUGUUUUUGGUUUACUGAAUCUUGUAUAUGAUGUAUUAUCAUGGAAUUCAUCACAUGUAGGUUUGAUCUUUCUCAGUUUAUGAUCACAAAGUACUAUGAAAACAGAACGAUUAUGGUGUAUCCAAGUGCUUGGAUUUAGAAGUUUUUGGGGUUUUAGGAUAAAUUUUUUUGUGGUAUAGCAAAAAGAAUUACGUUUGAAUUUGAUCCUUGGAAACCAAAUUACCCUUGAAGACGAGGGUUCGAUUUUUUUUAUCUCAUCUCGAAUAUUUUAACGA